GAUUCUCUGCAGUGAAUGGGUGCCGUCAGAAUCCAAACAGCUGGUAAAACCAUCACAAUAGUCCACAAGCCGGCUCAUGACAUCAGUCUGGAGGAGUUUGAUGAUGAAGAUUUGUCUGAAAUCACAGAUGAUUGUGGCAUAGGCCUCAACUACGACUCUGACCCUUAUGAAAAGGACUGCUUGAUUCUAGAAAAGAAUGAGUUCCACCACCCAGUGUGCUCAUUCCAAGAUGACUUCCAAGAGUUUGAGAUGAUCGAUGAUGAAGAUGAGGAAGAAGAAGAGGAUGCAGAUCCUGAUGCCCCUCCCUCACCAUCAGAAUCUCCUCCCCCCUCUCCUACUCUGGGCACACUGAAGAGCCGCCCAACCACUCUAAACCUGACUGCGGCAGUUUCACAGGACUCCCUGAACAACAACAGCAACGUGUCACCACAAAAGUCAAGCUGGCAGGAUUCUCUUCGAAACCCGACUUCACAGGGUUGUUUGUCUCCAAACCACUCUUGCCUUGAGGAUGGUUCCCAUGUAACUACUACAUGCCUGGGGGCUCCAGAUACCACUGUCUCUACCAAUGGUACACCCUCAAAGCCACCAGGACGUUGUGGUCUUCAUCAGUCACCUGGCAGGCCGCUGCUGUACGACUUUGAAGGCAACAGACGAGAGCAACCAGAAUACGGCUCAUUUGGUCAACAUAACUCAUCGAGUGGGUCUGAGGCGAAUGAGGUGAAGCCUGAUGUUGAGGAAUCCACUCUAAGUGAGCUUGUUCCCUCAGUGGAUGACUGCACUUCCCAGUGCUCCGACACUGAGGUUGACCAUGACCUGAAUGGUCAUGCCAAACGUCGACCUUGCCGCUCUCGACCCAAUGACACGUAUACUGUGACCACAGAGACUGCUGACGACCCAGAGCUGGAAUAUGAUGGCACCAGUAGGUGUCUGUCCUCAACUGCACCUCUUGGUAAUGAUGCUGAGACUCCGCUAUCGGAUGAGGAGCUGGACAAAGAGUUUGACAUUGACUUCAUGAGUAAGGAUACCUAUGAUCAAACCUGCAAGGAAGCUGAGGCCUCUUCUUACGUUGAGUUCCCCUGCAUUGAACAAGCGGAGUCCAUUUCUGUCUCUAGCUAUGUGUCGUCGAGUCGAUCAGAUGUGCUUGAUGCUAUGGAUGAACCUCGAAAUAUGCAUCUGGGUCAACCUGCUGCUGCAAAUGACACAACUUCUCCUUCUUCUGAUCCAGGCAUUGCUGAUAUGAAUGCAAAACGCUAUGCAGAGUCAGACCGCCACAGUGAUGACCUUAGCUCUCCUGGAUCAGACUCAGAUAUUGAAGGGGAACUUGAGGCUGCAUUUGCAUGUGAUCCACUUGCUAGUAACAUGAUUUCCUCCAUCUCGGAGACAGAGCUGGACCUGACCAGUGAAUCUAGCAGUGGGCGUUCCUCGCACCUCACCAAUUCCAUUGAAGAAGCCAGCUCCCCAACCUCAGACCAAGAACUGGACCAGGAGCUGGACCCUGAGCCGGACAGUGGUAUUGUAGGUCUAAAAGCUUCUCUUCUUCUAGGCCAACCUGACCCAAUUAAACAAGAACCUUCACCAGGUCUAGAUCCCAGCACAGACAUGUUACAACUAGAUGAUGGCCAAGCUCUGAUGGGCCUGCAGAAUGUAGACGAUGAACAGGUUUAUGAGCACCAGGCUGAUCCAGAUGAGACUCUUCCUCCUGCCGUUCCCUGUGAGGAUAGUGGCUCUCAGCAGCUGUUGUUGAAGAUUGAGCCUGACCACAGUCUUGAGAGCUUCAAACGCUCCUUCUAUUUGCCCGUUGGCUCCAAACUCAUGCCCCCUGUGGACGAGUAUGAUGGUAACAGCGAGGGAGAAUCAGAGUCAGAGUCAGAGGACGAACUCAGUGAAAACUCUGAUUCUCCUUGGCUUCUCAGCAACCUGGUCAACAGGAUGAUUUCAGAAGGCUCCUACCCAAUCAGUUGCCCAGAAGAGUGCCUCAAACACUCAGCCUCCAUCUCUGACACCAUCUCACCCUCAUCGGACCUGGAAACAGAUACUUUCAAUGAGACGGAUUGCUGCAAUUCACAAAAGCAGAAAUCUGAAGAAAAGUCACAAGGGGUUCCCUCUGAAAAAUCCGAGAUGAGGCUGAAUGAAGAGAAAGAGAGUGAAGCCAGCUAUGUAUCUGAAGAGGGACCGAAGGAAAGCAAGAGAACAGACUCUUGUCUGUACAUGAGCAACCCCAUAUAUGGCAAAUCUACACCUGUCUUUACAGAGGGAUUUGAAACGAGGGCAAAGAAUUAUGAAUCAGAGGACUUCCCAUCCCAAAACUCAUUAAAAAACAAGCAGAAAGAAGAAGAGGAGGAGCCAAAUAAUGACUUGAUGAUGGAGAGAAUGAAGGAGCUGGAAUCUCCCAGCUUGAGCGAGAGCAUAAUCAGCGACAAGGAUGAGGGACGGGAGACACGGGUCAAUCAGCUCACUUUGCAGCGAAUCACAGAAGUCAAAAACAGCCUUACACUGGACAUCCCAACAUCGCAGACCAAUCACUGUUUCAGUCUUACAUACUCGACAGAUAAUGAUGAAGAUGAGCAAGAUACCUCCCCUUUUCUGGAGGAUCUUCACACGGUACCUUCACCCUUUGGAAAUGAGGCUUACCUGGACAGCUCCCCACCUAUUGACGAGAGCGUGCGAGAGUUGAGGAACACAACUUCCGACCGGCCCAUUGAUGACUCCUUGGCAUAUGAUUCAAUGAAGUACACCCUAGUGGUGGAUGAAAACACAACCCUUGAGCUGGUGAGCCUAAAGCGCUGUACCUCUGUUCUCAGUGAGGACAGUGAUGGACUCUCUACUAUCUGUGAUGAAGAAGUUGUUGAUGAAGAUGAAGACAUUUAUGGACAGGGUCAGAUGGUAGGAGGCAUGAGACCAGAUUUGCUGUUAAGCUCCUCUGAAGAAGACUCCUCCCCCGAGGCAGAUUUACCUUUCUCAAAGAAGUUCCUCAAUGUGUUUGUCAACAACACAUCACGGUCCUCCAGCACAGAGUCCUUUGGGCUUUUCUCGUGCACUAUAAAUGGAGAAGAAAGAGAUCAGACUCACAGAGCAGUCUUCAGGUUCAUCCCACGACAUGCAGAUGAGCUGGAGUUAGACGUUGAUGAUCCAUUAUUCGUUGAGGAAGAGGAGGAUGAUUACUGGUACCGUGGGUACAACAUGCGCACAGGGGCCAGAGGAAUUUUCCCAGCGUACUAUGCCCACGAGGUUGUUGGCCAAACAAAAGACCUGUGUGUUUCCAUAGCAAUGAAGAGGAACCCUGCUUGGAUGGAAAGCUUCCGAGUGCAGUUCCUGGGUUCAGUGGAAGUUCCUUAUCACCAAGGCAACGGCAUCCUUUGUGCUGCCAUGCAGAAGAUCGCUAUGGCAAGGAAGAGGACGGUGCAUCUUCAUCCCCCAUCUAUUUGUGAGCUGGAAAUAAGCCUGCAGGGUGUGAAACUAGUCAUGAGUUUGGAUGACGAUUACGACCUUUCAGGGGAGUUUGACAGAUGUAGUCACUUCUUCCAAAUGAAAAACAUCUCCUUCUGUGGAUGUCAUCCUAAAAACAACUGUUAUUUUGGUUUCAUUACCAAGCACCCGAUGCUGAACAGGUUUGCAUGUCACGUCUUUGUCUCUCAGGACGCCAUGAGACAUGUAGCUGAGUGUGUGGGACGGGCAUUCCAGGAGUACUACCAGGAGCACUUAGAAUACGCCUGUCCUACCGAAGAUAUCUACCUUGAGUAAAGGAGAAAAGGGUAACCAUGGCACCUGCUGUCCCUCACGACAGAUGUCUGUUCCUGGGCUUGGCCACUACGAGGCGUCUGGCAGCCUCCUCAAAUGUAACAUAGGCCUCAUCUCUUUCUUCUCUUCCUCAUUUUCUCUUGUUCUCUCGACACGAACUGAGCUGAAUACUUUACAUAUAGGCUCUUAGUGGUCUGUCUAUUUAUUUAAAUGUUUAUCAGUUAAUUUAAUCUCAUCAAUGAGAUGGAUUGCUUGUUUAUUUAACUUUUCUACUAUAUAAUUAGGGAUAUGGUUUUGGGGUGGAUACAUCGGUUUAAUUUAUAUAUAUAUAUAUAUAUAUAGUACUGGUGUAGAAAAGGCAAAAUAUGACUUCACAUGUUUGAUUGCAUGGCUUUGAGGGUUAUGCUCACAAACACACAUGGGAGAUCUAACAAUGUUUAAAAGCAAAAGUCGAUCAGAGGUUUGAAUCUGAAGACCAGGAUUUUUUGUAAAUAUGUAUUUGUCCGAUUCUGAUACAUUGCUGUACUGGGUUUGUACUAAAGAGGACAGGGCAGUAGGACGUGACCUGGAAUAAUCGAUGGGUCUACAGAUUGUCUGUUCCCAUGUAGUAGAAGGCUUACUGUACGUUUCUGAUUCUACCGCAAUGUAAAUACUGUACAAAUAGAGAUGACUGUAGGUGAAUACAGAUGCUACAAUACAUCACAGUAUGCAAAUAUCCUGCGCCAUCUGUCUGCGAAUGAAAAAGUGGGACGGAUUGCAGGUCGGCAGGCUGGGUGUAGAUGGAUCUAGAGAUGUUCGGUGAGUCUCAUCAAGUCACAUCUGGAGCAUAUUUGACCCCAAAAUCACAAUAAAGUUUUAAGAAAUGGUAUUUUGUGGAAAGAUGAUUCUUGACAUUACUUUCAUAUCAAUGUUUAACACCCACAAUUACUGUAAUUCAUCCAGAUGUUUCAGUUUGGAGUUUUUGUGUAUCAUUUUCAUUAUUUGCAUUGCCAUUGUGACAUUCCCAUCAUAGUUAAACACCUACAGUUAUUGUAAUGCAUCCAGAUGUUUAGUUCUGGGUUUAUUUGUAGUUGGUUUUCAUUGAUGGUUCUCAGUAAUAGUUAUGCAAAUCAUCCUGACAAUAUUUUUU